UAUUCCACUAAGGCACACUGUGGGUGCAGGAUUUCAUUCUUACCAAACAAGAUGACAACACUUUUUCCCCAAUCUGGUGUUUUACAAGUGCAAUCAGUUGAUUGCAGUCAGGUGUGGCUUGUUUUAGCAGAAGCCUCAUUGGUUCAACUGUCUCUGCUGGAUCGGCUGGAACAAAAACCAGGACCCACAGUGUGCCUUGAGGACUGGGUUGAAAACCCCUGGACUCUACGGAGUGAAAGGUCGUUGCUCCAUUUUCCGAUUGGUCUCAGAAAAAGUCUUGGUGCUGAGCCGGACUCUUCUGGCAUAAGAGAGGAUGUUGAGCUCCCCCAAAUCAAAGAGGAGGAGAAGGAGAGAGAACAGCAACUUCCAAUCAAAAAGGAGGAGGACGAGCUGCCCUUUGGUAAAGAAGAGGAGCAUAUCACCAGGUUGACUGGUGAGCCCUUAAAGAGUGAAGACGGUCCGAGUGAGGCCAGCAGAGGGGCGGAGCCUCCAAGCGGGGAGAGUCGCAGCAGCUCAACAGAAGGAUUGCAAGCAGAUCUUUACAUUGCUCCAUCAGACAGAGAUGGCGCCACGUCACACUCAACUUACAAGGAUGAUGGUCAUAAGACAUCUCACAGUGACGACAAACUCUGCAAAUGCUCUCAGAGUGGGAAAACCUUUGCUACUAAGCAAAAUAGUCGUAGGCAUAUGAGGAUCCACACUGGUGAAAAGCCUUUUGUCUGCUCAGUUGGUGGUCAAAGAUUCAGUCGAAAGUCCAACUUCAAACGACACACAUGUACCCACAUUGGCGAAAAACUUUUUUCCUUCUCAGUUUGUGGAAAAAGUUUUGGUCAGGUGGGAAACUUGACAAAACACACAAGAAUCCACACUGGCGAUACACAUUUUUCCUGCUCAGUUUGUGGUCAAGGAUUCGCUCGGAAGGAUCGGAUUAAACACGUGUGUGUUGGACACACGUUUACACAUGUAGCAAAGCUUCAUGAUGCUUCAUUUACUCUAUGGUGCCGUCAAGUGGUCUAGAAGCCCAAGAGUUCAACAGUGUUAAGAAUUCAAUGGCUAUUUGCUUAAAACCC